CUAGUCUGCGGACUGCGGCGCGUAAUGUAUUUAAUGUACACAGCAAGUUGUUAUUUCCUCUGUAAUUCACGAUAACGAUGUUAAUUGUUGAUAAAAUGUUAUCAUAUUGCGGCAGUCGAAAUCGUCUCUAUGCACUGUUAUCGGAUAAUAGUCAUUCUGCGGUAGUGCGGUACAACCAUAGAAUAAUAUUAUAAAAAUUAUUAUUAAUAAUAAAUAUUAAAUGUAUUAUUAAUAGUAUUCUAUGGUACAACUCUGUCGGCCAUCGGUUUUCGUCAUCGUAUGGUCCAAAACAAUCAUUGAGAUUUGAGGAAAAAAAAUGAAUGACACUGUGUCAGAAGAACCCAACAUAGAACAUGAACCUAAGAUUUCUAUCGAAUUAGAUGGAAGUGUAAUUGAACUUCCGUUAUCAACUUUUAAUAAUAUACUUGAAAAAGAAAUCACUAAAUUUAUCUUGAAAAGAGAAACUGAUGUGAAGGAUAUUAUUGACCUUAAUGAAUUGGUAAAUGUUCAGAGUUGGAGAUUAAAAUUUAAAGAUUUGGAGCGACAAGCAAUAUUACUUCAUUCUGUUCUUCAACGUUUGAAGAGAGAUUUAAAAGACAAUAGACGUGCACAACCAGAGAGGUGUAUGGCUGCUUCAGUUUCUCAAUAUGUAAACAUUUCAACWAAAACACCAAUGGCCAAUGCACAUAUGAAUUCUAAUGAUGAACUUCAAAUAUUUACAAUAUCUGAUAGUGAUGAUGAUGACUCUAUCAUCAUAAUUGAAACGUCAAAAACACAAACUGAAAAUGAAAAUGUUAUUGAUUUGAUUGAUUCAGAUGAUGAUACCCAAAACUUGAGUGUAAAAUCUAAUCCAGACCCAAAAUCAAAAUCAACAAGUGUUUCUAUACCGGAUCUCAAAAUCAAUGAUAAUGAUAAUGUAUUGCCAAUUAAUACAGAAGCCAGCAAAUCUUUAAAUAAUGGAAAAUGUUUAUCCACAACUGUUCGUAAACGGAAACCUGGCCCAAAAUCAAAGACAAUGUUUGUUGAUGAUAUAGUUYCUGAAAAUAACGAAACUGUUGAGAAAAAAAAGCGUUUAAACGAGUGUGAUGAUAUUAAUAACAAAGGGUCAAAUUCAAAAAAUGUGUUAAAUUGUAAUUCCGCAAAAAAAUUAGAAGUUCCUGAAAAGUAUAAUCAUAAUUUUCUCCUCAAGUCUUCAAGUUUAAAGUAUCCACCACCUUAUCCUUCAAUCCCACCUCAUAAUAAUCAACCUUCAUGGAAAAACGUGCCACCAAUACCUAAUAUGACAAUCAAAACUUCAGGAAAUAAAGUGACAUUAACAUGGGACUUACAUUUGACUUGGCAGACAGCAAAAAUCAAAAUGUAUGAACUGUUUGUAUGCCAAGAGACRGAUGCACCUCCAAAAUCUUCAAUGUGGAAAAAAAAAGGCGAAAUAAAAGCAGAUUUGUUGCCUAUGGCUUGUGAACUAGAAGUGUUUGAGUUAGGAUAUAUUUAUCAUUUUGCUCUGAGAGCGGUAGACGUCCACAACAGACGAGCACCUUUUGCUCUACAAAAAACUAAGAUUUAGAUUAUCUAAUUGUUUGUAUCUGUUUUGUGUUAAUUUUUUACUAUAAAUAAGUUAUGAGCUAAUUGGUUAUGUAUUGUAAAAUAAUAAUUUUAAAGAAUUGAUAUAUCUCUUUUCUGAAUAAUUUAACGAUGAAUUUAUAUUUUUAACAAUAAAGUAUGCAAAUUGACACUU